AAUCAAAGAACACUGAUCGAUGGAAACAAUGUGACACAUGAACUUGAGAGACUUAGUUUAACAUAAUAAUUAAAUAAAUAUGAUUCUGUUUCUGAUAGGGCUAAGUACGUUUAGUAUAGGACUAAGCCAUGCGUCAACUUGUCAUAGCUUACAGCAAUCACAGCUGGCAUCGCUCAAUGAGCGAAUGAAUCAGAUGAUCAACGCGCUGUACCCAUUCUCCAAGGCCAAGACGUCUGUGACAUCGUAUCAAAGUUCAACACCCGCACCGCCCAGUGAAUACUCGCCAGUAUCUCCCUACGACCCGUCUUGCUACCAGUACCCACCCUCAGGGUACCAAGCGCCGUCGCCACAGGUCAUCUACAUGUCACAGCCGCAGUCUUCGUCAACGGUAGCCAUAUCUCCACCUUCACCUGGAAACCCGCCUACAGUUACGAUAUCCACUACUCGGUCAUGUUACCCUCAGUAUGAACAGGAGUACGCGUAUGAAGCGCCUAAAUACCCGCCCCAGUAUUAUGAGUACACAUACCCUCAGUACGCGCCGCCUCCGCCGUACUCAGCCUCGCAGUACACGCAGCCAGAAUGUAGCUGUCAGCAGGAGUACCCUCCACAGCAACCUAGACGACCUGCGCCGUCGACGCCUCCGCAAACAGAGUAUCAAAACUGCCCGCCAGCGCCUCCGUGCUCGCCACCACCACCAUAUCAGCCCACUAACUACCCGCCGGCACCAUCAUCCCCAUACACGCAACCAUACGCGCCUAUAUUUUUAAAAAUUGUGCGAGAUAUGAUAGAUUCGAUAUUAAUUUGA